AUGAGCUCGUACUUUGUAAACUCCUUCUCGGGGCGUUAUCCAAAUGGCCCGGACUAUCAGUUGCUAAAUUAUGGCAGUGGCAGCUCUCUGAGCGGCUCUUACAGGGAUCCCGCUGCCAUGCACACCGGCUCUUACGGCUACAAUUACAAUGGGAUGGACCUCAGCGUCAACCGCUCCUCGGCCUCCUCCAGCCACUUUGGGGCGGUGGGCGAGAGCUCGCGCGCCUUCCCCGCGCCCGCCCAGGAGCCCCGCUUCAGGCAAGCGGCGUCGAGCUGCUCCCUGUCCUCGCCUGAGUCCCUGCCCUGCACCAACGGCGACAGCCACGGCGCCAAGCCCUCUGCUUCGUCCCCUUCCGACCAGGCGACCCCGGCCAGCUCCAGCGCCAAUUUCACCGAAAUAGACGAGGCCAGCGCGUCCUCGGAGCCGGAGGAAGCGGCGAGCCAGCUCAGCAGCCCGAGCCUGGCUCGGGCGCAACCAGAACCUAUGGCCACCACCACCGCCGCGCCCGAGGGACAGACUCCGCAGAUAUUCCCCUGGAUGAGAAAGCUGCAUAUCAGCCACGAUAUGACCGGGCCGGACGGGAAGCGGGCCCGGACCGCGUACACGCGCUACCAGACGCUGGAGCUGGAGAAGGAGUUCCACUUCAACCGCUACCUGACUCGGCGGCGGCGCAUCGAGAUCGCCCACGCGCUCUGCCUGUCCGAGCGCCAGAUCAAGAUCUGGUUCCAGAACCGGCGCAUGAAGUGGAAGAAAGACAACAAACUGAAAAGUAUGAGCCUGGCGACAGCCGGCAGCGCCUUCCAGCCCUGA